AUGACCUCAUCCUCUCUGAUCGUCGCUUUCAUGGUAAUGUCAGUCGUAUCAGCUCAAAUGCUUUACUCACCUCAAGGAAUGGGAGGCUACAACUCAUACGGAAGCCCGUACGGCAUGAGUCAGUACGGUAUGGGCGGCUAUAAUGGCAUGAGUGGAAUGGGAGGGUAAGUGCACUACCUUAAUAAGAUUUCAAAAACUGUUACCAUAAAUUUAAAAAAUAUCAUUUGAUCUUUAUUGUGCAAUACUUUUUUAUCAUCAUAGUAAGAUAAGUAUAGUAAACUGCAUUACCUACUCAUUAAAACAUCAAAAGCCAAAUUUUUAUCGUUACGCAAACUAAUUUUAUCCUACAUUUCAGCUACCCCUACGGCUACAACAGCAUGUACGGUCAAGGCAUGGGAAUGGGAUACGGUAGCAUGGGCAUGAGUGGCCUCAGUGGAAUGAAUGGGUACGGUUAUCCUUACAGUAGAGCCAUGGUUGGUACACCCUACCUUGCCCGCUCUCCUUUUGUCUAUACUAUGGAUGCUUUGGGCAAGAAAAAGAAGCAUUAAUGCCUGAGGCAACCAGACUUCAACGCUCUCCCAAAGUCGACCUGACAGCCAUUUUCGUUCAGAUUCUGGAAACUUUGUUCAGAAUUACCUAAUUUAAUAACAAUAACUCUUUCGGCUUUAAUUCUUGGUUAUCUACUGGGCUUCUAAUAAUUUAAUAAUGAGCUUAUAAUAAUACUCUUUCACUUUUACUAACCUAUAACAACUAAUGUUACAGCCGACAACCUAUGAACCAACAAAUGGGACCAUAUGGUCCCAGUGGAUCGUAUGGCCAAAUGGGACCGAUGGGACCAUCACGCGGCUUCGAUCCCAGCUGUUUCUUACACCGCCUACAUUAA